CAAAAAGGGAACGAGAGCACUGAUGAAGAGACAUCUAGGCUCAAAACGUGAGCUUGCUCUCUCUCUGUGGACGCUACUUGACUCGCUGUGAUCGCCAACAUUUGUUUUCGGAAUGAGACUGUUGUUUGAAAAGGAAGAACGUUAUGAGGAGAAGGCGAGGGAAGAGGAUCUGAGUGACUUGCUUAUUCCAACAGCCAAAUAACCUAGUCGCCUUCUCCCGUGUUGUUACAGCUCUGUGAAGUGGAUCUAAGCCCAUUUGAUUUUUGACUAAAUCUGACUGCGCAUAAUUCGAAGGCGAGGGUGCGGUAGGACCCAGUAAUACGGGGGCGGGGACAGGCAGCGCAACCGGACUGACGGCUUUUCACCCAAAUCCGGCUGCCGAAAGUGAGAGGCUGUGCCAUUCGCACUUUUUGCUGGAUCCUAGUCGCUCUUCCUUACACUCAUUUGAAUCUGUGCCCUCGCCAUGUUUAACAUUGCGAAGUUUUUGGGUGGCGGUGGCGGCGUCGGCGGGGGCCUUUCGGGCCAACUACUACAGGGACUGGCCGGUGUCAUUGGACAAAUGGUAGCUGGCCCAGCUGAACAGCCUCGCCAUGUUUCUCAGAUUGAGGCCUAUGAGACUGAGGAGGAACGAAGGUUCAGAGCGAUCUUCAAACAAUUGGCUGGAGAUGACAUGGAAGUGAGUCCCGUUGAGCUGAAGAACAUUCUCAACAAGAUUGUAUGCAGACAUUCCGAUCUGAAGACUGAUGGUUUCAGCUUGGAGUCUUGCCGCAGCAUGGUUGCUGUCAUGGAUGCUGACAGCACUGGAAGACUGGGCUUUGAAGAAUUUAAAUAUCUUUGGGAUAAGAUUAAGAAGUGGCAGGCUGUCUACAAAAAGUUCGAUGCUGACAAGUCAGGGACCAUCAACAGCCAGGAGCUUCCUCUGGCUUUUGAAGCAGCAGGAUAUCCCCUGAAUGAUGAACUUUACCGAUUGCUGUAUCGCCGAUAUGCCAAUGAAUCUGGUGACAUGGACUUUGACAACUACAUUUCCUGCUUAGUCCGGUUGGAUGCCAUGCUCAGAUCAUUCAAAGCUUUGGAUAAAGACAACAAUGGCUCCAUCAAAGUCAACAUAGUGGAGUGGCUACAACUCACCAUGUAUUCCUAAAGCACCAGCCUCUGGAUCAGCUCAUCAAAGAAAACUCAAGAUCUCCUCAUCACUACUUAUCUACCAGAGCAAUAGCCCUUAGCUUGGCAGAGUGGGAGGGGGGUGGGGGAAGGUGUGAAAAUAUAUUUUUCUGCAUGUAGGCUUUUCAUUGUUCGAUGAUCUCUGCAAACAACAGCUUGUUGGAAGCAUUGUGUUUAAUCUUGACCAUUCCAAAAUUCCACACUGUUUGUUCUGAAUAAUUGAGAUUGCCAAAAUCAAGGAAAAGAUAAUGUUUGAAAGAAAGGUCUUCCUGAGAAAGAGCUUUGGAAAUGGGAGAUUAAAUGAAUAGGGAAUGCUGGUCAGGUCAAUAUCAGUGACUAUUGACACGUCUACCCCUUCCACAGAGGCUUGUUGAUGCAUUUUUUUUCUCUCUCGUGAAUUUCCUGCCUGUGAUUUCCAGCAACUGCAGUUUUUUCCUUUUAUUUUCGUUUGAAUCUGUUGCCCUCCAAUAUUCCUGUGUGCUUGUGCCUGAAAGACUCUGCCAUUGACAAAUGCAAUUUUUAAAACGAUUUUAAAGGUCACAGACCCAUAUGAAACUGUAGUUUUAAGAUUUAUUCACAUUCUCGAGUACUUGUUCUCCUUGUUUUUUGUGGAGAAGCCAAACGUGAAACAUCCCUCAUUGAGUGUGGGGUGUGGGGUGU